ACUACCAGGGAGAGGCGGAAGUGAAGCGGCGGCGGGGACAGCAGCUCCCGGGGCUGAGUUUGUGUCUGUGUGUGUCCCGAAGACGCGGCUGAACCAUGGCGGCCCCCAGCGCCCUGAACCUCAAGCAGCCGCCAAUCCAGUCCACGGCCGGCGCCGUGCCCGUGCUCAAUGAGAAAGGUGAGGUGUCUAUGGAAAAGGUGAAGGUGAAGCGAUAUGUUUCCGGUAAAAGACCUGAUUAUGCUCCUAUGGAGUCCUCGGAUGAGGAGGAAGAGGAUUUCCAGUUUGUUAAGAAAGCAAAAGAGCCUGAUGCAGAACCUGAGGUGAAGGAGGAGGUUACAAACGAUCCACGUUUAAAACGUUUACAAAACAGACUCACAGAGGAUGUUGAAGAAAGGCUGGCCAGACACCGGAUGAUCAUGGAACCAGAGAUUGUAAUGGAGGCUGAGUCUGAUGAUGAGGGAGAGGCGUGGCACGUGGAUCGGGAGGACACCAGUGAAGAGGAGGAAGAGGAAGUGGACGAUGAGGAAAUUGAGCGGCGGCGUGCUAUGAUGCGGCAAAGAGCGCAGGAGAGGGAGAACGAGGAUUUGGAAUUGCUGGAAUUGGAAGAUGAAGGAAGAUCAGGAGAGGAGUCAGAGGAGGAGUCUGAGUAUGAAGAAUAUACAGACAGCGAGGAUGAAACUGAGCCCAGGCUGAAACCAGUCUUCAUCAGGAAGAAGGACCGUGUUACUGUGCAGGAACGUGAGGCUGAGGCCAUUAAACAUAAAGAGCUGGACCAGGAAAACAAACGGUUGACUGAGGAGAGGCGGAAAUACACAUUGAAGAUUGUGGAAGAGGAAGCCAGGCGGGAGAUUGAGGAGUCUCGGAGAACGCUUGCUGCUCUCGAUGCCCUGAACACAGACGAUGAAAACGAUGAAGAGGAGUACGAGGCAUGGAAAGUGCGGGAGCUGAAGCGAAUCAAACGGGACAGAGAGGAGAGAGAAUUAAUGGAAAAAGAAAAGUCUGAGAUUGAACGGAUGCACAAUCUGACCGAGGAGGAACGGCGAGCAGAGCUACGUGCCAACAACAAAGCCAUCACUAACAAAGCCAGCAAAGGCAAAUACAAGUUCCUACAGAAAUAUUACCACAGGGGCGCCUUCUUCAUGGAUGAAGAGGAGGAGCUAUACAAACGGGACUUCAGUUCUCCAACCCUGGAAGAUCACUUCAACAAGACCAUCCUGCCUAAAGUCAUGCAGGUAAAAAACUUUGGCCGCUCAGGCCGAACCAAGUACACUCACCUCGUCGACCAGGAUACAACCUCCUUUGACUCAGCCUGGGCCCAGGAAACCGCUCAGAACACCAAGUUCUUCAAGCACCGGGCAGCAGGAGUGCGAGAUGUCUUUCAGAGGCCUUCAGCCAAGAAGAGGAAAAUCUCAUAAAGGAGCACGUCCACGGAACUCCAGCCGAGCAGACUGCAUCACACAGAAGCUCUGGCCCUCUGCUGUUGUAAACUUUUUCACAAUUACUUUGUUGCACAUGGAAUUUCUUAAGUUUAUCAAACUUAUAUGGACAUUUUGUAAAAAAAAUAUAAAAUGUCUUAUUCUGUAUGUAAGUGUAUUUUUUAAAAAAAUUUAGGGUUUACAAAUUUGUAAUCAUGUAGAUGAUUCUAUUUGUUUUCUACGUUAGAUACAGGUUAUAGGUAGUCAGGACCAAGUCUGAUUUUAUAAGAUUACCAGUAAAACUUAUGAGGGGUAUUCAUUCUGUCAUUCUGUGGAAGUUACAGCAAAUGCAGUAGGAAAAGAAAACAGGAUUAGAAUCUCUCCCUACACAGUGAGGAUUAAUUUACACUCUUUGUUGCUCAGGACAAGUUUAUAAUUUAACCUCACCCCAUAUAUACGAUGAACUAUUACCCCUAAUAAACAAGUUGUACAAAUUUU